AUGGAGACAAGAGCGCGGCGGCGCCCGCACCUUCUCCCGCUGCUGCUGCUGCUGCUGCUGCUCUGCGGGGAGUGCCCCCCAGUGGGCGGCUGCAAUGAGAAGCGCAUGCUGGCCAUGCUGCCCCACUGCGGCAAGACCUUUGCCGAAAGGAUGAAGAAGGUGGAGGUCUGGAAGUGGUGCAACUUGUCGGAGUUCAUUGUGUACUACGAGAGCUUCACCAACUGCACCGAGGUGGAGACCAACGUGGUGGGCUGCUACUGGCCCAACCCCUUGGCGGAGAGCUUCAUCGCUGGGGUCCACAGGCGGUUCUUCCAGAACUGCUCCGUGGCCAGGCACCACUGGCAGGACCCCCCAGACGGAAUUCUCAUCCCGCUCAUCGCAGCGCCCGUCCUGCUGACCAUCGCCAUGACUGGCGUGGUGGUGUGGCGCAGCAAACGCACCGCCCAGGUGGUGUGAGGGCCCGGUGAGUCCGAGGGGCCCCGCCUGGAGAAGCGGAGGAAAGUUCUCCGGGGCUGGGAGAGCCGGUGGACACUCUUUGGCUGCCCCCCACCCUGUCUGGGCGGGCUUUGGGCUGGUGAAAGAAAACGUGCCGCGGCUGGAGCCUGCGUGCUGGGCACAAGUCACCGCCGCUUCGCCCGCGCUGUCCCAGGCUGGGCUGGGGCCUCGGGGUUCCUAGCACUGAGUCCCGCGGUGCCCCAUCUGCAGCCCCGGCCAGACCCCGACCCCGCCUCCCAACUGACUCUACCCCUGGCCCCAGCCCCAGCCCUGGCCCCACCCCCAGCCCUGGCCCCACCUCCCACUCUGACUCCACCCCCAGCCCUGGCCCCACCCCAGCACCGCCCUGGAAAGGUGUGCCUAUUCCCACCUGGCUGGGGGUUUGGGGAAGAGAGAUUGGGAGGGGGUUUUUGUAGGUCCUCACUUCGCAGGCCUUGAGUCCUCUUGGUAGGGAGCCCACCUAGAGAUCUGGGAGACUGAGGGUUGGGUUGGGGGUUCCAAGGAGCCACUGCACAGCCUGAGACCUGCUGUCUGGGGCCACCACCAGGGGCUGGAGCUGGGGUGGGCCUCCUUCCUAACGGGCCCCCCACUGUGAGCAUGGCCUCGGGGUGGGGUCCCGUGUGCUCUCGUUCUGGCUGAGUUCUGUCUGCCAUGUCUGUGCUUUCUUUGAGUAAAAAGUCAUGCUACUUC